GUAAACAUUAUUUAAUUUCCUGAUAACACUAAAGCGACUCAUCAUCAUAGAAAUCCCGCAUAUUGAUCCAUGGUUCUAUUAGUUUAGUAGUCGCCGUCACCUGCUUCAGAGAUGAUCCCACGAAUCGUCAUUUCACUUGCAUUUCUGAUCUCUGCGAAUGCGGUGGCCCACGCAACACAGAUUUAUUGUGAUACCAUUACCAAGGAUGACCGCAAUUCUACUAUCAACGACAUGUGCAAGAUUGUGAUAUCGGAUCAAAAAUGGAACACCAGCUCCGUCGACCUAUCUUCUGUGAUACUUCCUAAAUUCGAAAAAUUCAGCCUGAUUGGUAUCAACGGAUCGUUUUCCUUGGAUGACUUCUUCUCGACAAAAACUAGCCUUGAGAAGCUACAUAUCUACGGCUCAGUCAUGCAUGUGAUACAAAUUCCUGCAAAAUUGGAAAGCUUGCUGGUUACAGGGUGUCAAACACGGCAGGUGGUCAUCGCAAACACCGAUGAAUAUAGAUACGGUAUUCACACUCUUGUUCUAGUGGAAAACCAAAUCAGUGAAAUUCCUCAUAGGAUUGAUCAGUUAAUACAAUUGAAGUCUCUGGACAUGGCAAACAAUUUGCUGGAGAAAGUGAAUUUUACUGAGUUCAACGGACUGAAAGAACUGAAUUUUGUGGACUUGAGUUUAAAUCGCAUUCGAGUUGUUUCAAUUGAGAUGGUAGACCUACCUAAAUUACUCAAACUGGAUCUAAGCCAAAAUUUGUUGAAGAGCAUUCCUCGAAAUUUUGGUCAACUACGAGCUCUGGACGACCUUAACUUGAGUUACAACAAAUUGGAAUACGUUGAAAUGAGCCACUUUAACGGACUGACGAAGCUGAAGGUUCUGGAUCUCCAGUUCAACAACCUGCUGAUAGGCUCUUUGGCUCCUGCCAUCUUACCCGCACUGGAAGUUCUACGACUUGAAUCGUGUCAUCUACAGCAGCUGGACUUAUUUGGUAUUGAAAUGCCCAAGCUGAAAAAGUUGUACCUGAAUGACAACAAACUGGAAUACGUGGAAUGGUUCAACAAAGAAGUCUACGAGGGUGCCGGGUUGAACCUGUAUGGCGACCGAAACCCUUGGAAUUGCAACUGGUUACCGGAGAUGCAUCCUCGGGUAAAAUUCGUACGGCAACAAGAUCGAAUAAUUUGCCGGAGGUUCGAAAAGAAUGUGUGCUGCGUCGGGAAUGAUUAUACUACGGAGCGGAAAGCCGAUCGGAGGUGGCAGGUCGUUAAGGAACAGAAUCGGCAAAUUUUUAUGGUAUUGGAAGAGCAACAGGACAAAGUUCGAAUACUGGGAGAAAACUGUGGAAUGAUAGGUGAGCAGUUGGCUGAAAUCGAAAACACACUUGCGAAAGUUAUGAGAGUAGUGGAAGCAAUAGCAGCGAGAGUAGAUUAG